AUGAAGUGCUACAACAUACAUAUCGAAAGUUCUGUAGAAAAUUUGUUGAGUAAAUUAAAGGAGAAGAAGAAAAGAUUGAAAGGAAAAAAAGAUAUAAUAAAUGAUGUUGAAUAUUAUAUUGGAAUUUUAUCUAAUAUUAAUUUAAAACAUGUAUAUAAUGAGAAUUACAAAUUAAUAGGAAUGAUUUUAAAAAUUCUUGUGAAACAUAAAAUAUAUGUCGAGACUAUUAUAUUAGAUAGGUUAUUACUAUGUUUAAAUUUAAAAACAAUUUUAGAAAAAGAUAAUAAAAUAAAUAUAAGAAAUAUUAAUAAUAUAUUAGUUCUAAUUAAUAAUAAUGAUAGUGUUCAUUUCAAUUCCAAUAAUCUAUUUAAUAUAAUAUAUGAUACAUCUAUUAUGUUGAUAGAUAUUUUUGCGGAGAAUAAAAUAUAUUCUGAUGAGAAGAAAUCAUUUUAUACUUUAAAUAUGGAAAAGGAAGACGAAGAAAAUAUAAAAAGUGAUACAACUAGUAGUGUAGAUGAUGAUAUAAAUUAUAAAAGUGAUGAUAGUAUAAAUUUUGAUACAGAUGAUAGUAUAAAUUAUGAUACAGAUGAUAGUAUUAAUUAUAAUACUGAUGAUAGUAUUAAUUAUGACAGUGAUGAUUCAUGUUCUGAUGAUUAUUCAGAGAAUGAUUCUCUUAAUACAAAAAAGAGGAAAAAAAAUAUACAUGUUCUAACAAGUGACAUGAAUAAUAAUGAUGUCAUUAAAUUAGAAAAGAAUAUAAAAUAUAAUAAGAAAAGAAAAAUUGAAAACAAAAUGUUUGAAAUAAAAAGUUCAAAUUAUAUAGAAUAUCAUAUAGAAAAACUUUAUAAUAUGAUUAAUUAUAUAAAUAAUAUGUUUACUUUAUAUUUAAGAAAAUUUAAUACUCCCAUUAAUGAUAUAAAAAUAUAUGCUUUUUAUAAUAAUUUAUUUGCUCUAUAUAGUUAUGUUCAUGAUUAUAUACACAGAAUAAAUAACUUAUCAACAUAUAAUAAUAAUAAUAAUAAAAACAAAAGUGAAAUAAACGAUAUUUAUAAUAUUUAUGUUAUUCUUAUGAGACAAUUAUAUUUGUUAAAAGAAAAUAUAAAACAUUUUAUUAUAUUAACCAUAAAAAAUUAUAAUAUGAGCUAUUUUAAAAAUGUACAGAAUUUAUUUAAUAGUUGUAAAGAUAAAUUAGAAGUUAAUUAUUCAUUUUUCCAAUUUUCAGAGAACGAAAAAUUAUUAGAAAUAUUAUAUAUUAUAAUUAAUAAAAUAUCAAAUAAAGAAAAUUCAUUUUAUUUACAUAUAAUGAACAAUAAUAAUUUUAAAAAUAAUAAUAUUAAUAUAAAUAAAAAUAAGAGAGAAAAACUUCUCUUCUAUAUAAAAAAUGAUAAAGAAUUAAAUGAUAAGUAUGCUUUUUUAAAUAUUUUAAAGAUAAAGGGAUGUAUAAAAAUAAUGACUAUAAUAAUUAAAUAUUAUUUAAUUAAGUAUGAUAGUGAUAAUUUAAAUUUUUUACAAAAUUAUUUUCUUAUAUUUUUAUUAAUACCACAUUUUGAAUUGUCUAUAUAUAAAAAUGUAUUGAAGAAAGAAUAUAUAAAAUUAUUUCAAUUUGAUCACAUAAUAGAUGGUAAAGCGAACAAUAAAAAGGAUAACAAUAAAAAAAAACAAAAACUUGUCAAUAUUAAUAAUAAUGAUGUUAAUCAUGAUGAUGUUAAUCAUGAUGAUGUUAUUCAUGACGAUGUUAAUGAUUAUAAUGAUGAUCUUCAAACUAAUGAGAAUAAACGUCUACCUUUUAAUGAACCAGAAAAUUCAAAAUUCAAUAUUCAUAAGAAUCAUUCUUUAUAUUAUCAAAAAUUAAAAUUCAAAGUUGCCUAUUCAUUGUGUCAUUUCGAUGAUGAAGUUACCAUAUAUACUAACAAAGAAAUAUUUAGUAAUAUACAUAUAUUAGUUGAAUAUUCUAGAUUAAUAUAUAAAUAUUUACAAUAUAAAAAUAAGAAAAGCAACACAAAAAACCAUUCCUUCUUGUUUAUUAAUUUGUCUUAUUUUGUUAAAUAUAUUUUUGAUUGUGUAACCAACAUAUAUUUUUCUCAGUCAUAUUUAAAUAAUAAUAAACCUGGAAUAAAAGAAUGUAAUGAGAGAAUAAUAGACAACAAUUUAGAUAAUUAUUAUGAAAAUAAUUUAUACAUAGUAGGAAAACCAUAUAUAAUAUUUUAUAAUUCCAAGUUGAAGAAUAUAUUUAGUACAUUUAAUAAUAUAAAAAAAAAAAAAUAUAAAAAUAUUUAUAAAAAAAAUGAAAUUCAAGAUGACAUCAACAAUAAUAAUAAUAAUAAUAAUAAUAGUAAUAGUAACAAUAAUAAUAAUAAUAGUAAUAGUAGUAACAAUUAUGGUGUUGUUCAUUUAUUUUGUAUGUUAAAUAAAAAAAAGAAAAAGAAAAAUGUAAUAAACAUAUAUUUAAAUUAUUUAAUGUUUAUAAAUCAACUUAAUUUAAUUAAUAUAAUAAAAUUUGAAAUAAAUCCAUGUACAUUUAUAUUUUCAACACUUUUUUCAUUUAUUAAAAGAAUUAACGAGAAUUCUUUUUCUUCCAAAUUAAGUACAUUCAAGAAUUAUCAAGUAUAUAAUUUUACAAAUCAUAUAAUAAAUAAUAUAUUAGAAAUAUAUAUAAAUAUAUUUGAAAUAAAUGGAUUUUUAAAUUUCAUACAUAAAUAUAUAGGAAAUUAUAAUGCCCCAUAUUUAAGACAAAUUCAUUUUUUAUUUACUCCUAUAUAUAUAAAUAUAUUUAAUAAAUAUAUGCAUAAAUUCACAGAUAAAUAUUCUUCUUUUCUAAUAUGCUUUAUUGAAAUAUAUAAAUUCCAUAUAAAUGAAUUUAAUAAAUUACAUGAAAAAAUAUUUUUGUCAUUAAAAAAUAACGAACAAGUAUGUAGUACGAAUAAAUGUUUUAAAAUAGAAUGUGAUUUUACUUUAAAACAUCCAAAGAAAAGUAAUAAUACAAAUGAAUUAAAUAGUAGUAAUAAUGUAAUAGAAAUAAAUGGUUAUAAUUAUUCAAUAUCUCAAUUAAUUCAAAGAUAUCAAGUUAUGUAUACAAAUCUUGAAACAUUGGAAUAUAUUUUUUGUUGUUAUUUAAGAUGUACUUAUAAAAAUUAUAUUACAAAUAAUUUAUUAAAUAAUAUUCAAAAUAUAUCAAAUUUAUAUAUUCAAAAAAAACAAAACAUACUUGCAUUUCAUGAAUAUGUUAAAGGAAAUCUGAUUAAUAUGAAAUAUUAUAAUUUUUAUUAUAGCUUAUAUGUAUAUAUAUUUUUUAAUUAUACUAUAUCAAGAUUAGCUUUAUAUUCUUUAUUAAAUGAACAAAUAAAUGUCAAACAAACUAGCCAAAAUGUUCAUAUUAUAAUUAGUAAGUUGCAAAAUUGUUUUGUAGAUAUAAAACUAAUGUAUGACCAAUGUGUUAAAGAGGAAGCUGUUUAUAAAUUUUUUGAUAUCCUACAAGUGUCUUUAGAAACGUUAUACUUUUAUAUAUAUUUCUCUGAUUUGUACAUCAUGGACAAGGAUGCUAUCAUCAAACAUUUUAAACAAAUAAUUGGAGUGCUACAAAAGAAUGCCCUAGAAGAAUACUCGUAUGUUAUUAAAAAGAGGAUAUAUAAACAUAUCUCUUAUUUCUUUAUUUAUAACUAUAAAUUUUUGAUAAAAAUAUUUAAUGAUAAAAAAGAUGAUAUAGAAAAUAUUUACGUUCAAAUUAUAAAAACCUUAUUUAUUGAUAUAAAUAUUAUAAAAAAUGAAAAGAGCUAUUUAUUUUUUUAUGAACUAUAUGUAAACAUAAAAGAAAAUCAAAAACUAUCACAACUACUUAUAGAACUUUUUACAUUACAUUAUAUUUUAAUUAUAAACAACUUAGAAAAUGAAAUAAUGGAUGCACAAGAAAAAGAAAAAAUAAAUAAUAGAAAAAUAUAUAGAAAAAAAAAUAAUUAUCAUAAAAAUAAAAAGAAACAAAUUGAAAAAAUAAUUCAAAAUAUCAACAAUAAAACUGAUCACAAUUUUGAUGAAAAUAAAAUUGAAUAUAUUAAAAAAAAAAAUAUAUCUAUGUCUUUUGAUAAUUAUAUAAAUGUGUUAAUAAAUCAAAAUAAUUAUUAUAUGUACACAAAUAAUUAUUAUGAAGUUUUUAAUAUAUAUCAAAAAAUUAUUCUCAAAAAUAAUGUCAAUGAUAAUUAUGAAAAUAUAAUGAUACAUAUAUUUUCAAAUAAUAAUAAUAUGAAUAAUAUGUAUUAUAUGAAUAAAUAUGACAUAAAUUCAUAUUAUUAUAAUACAAAUGAACAAGAUUAUGAUAACAUUAAUAUAGAUGUAUGUAUCUUAAGCAAAUUUUUUGUUUUAUUUAAUAAUAUUGAAUAUAUACAAGACACAUUAUAUACAUUACUUUGUAAAAUAUUUGAUCAGUUUGAAAAGUAUAAUAUUUAUUUUGAAUAUAUAUUAAUAAAUAUAUUAUUAUGUUUUAUUAAUAAUUUAAAAAAUAUAGAAAGUAGUAAGAGGAAAAUAAAUAUAGAGACAUUUAUUAAAUUCUCCAUUUUUAUAUUUAAAAAACAAAAAGAUUGUUUUAAUAAUAAUGACACACAAAAUUAUAAAAAUAAAUUAGUUUUAAAAUUAUUCUUCCAUAUAUUUCUUCUUUAUAUAAAUAUAUAUUAUGAUGAACAAAAUAUUUAUAACAAGGAAUCAAACCAAUUUAAAGAUGAUAAUGAAGAAAAUAAUUUGAACGAUGUAAAAAAAAAAAAAAAAAAUCUUAAUAAAAAAAUAAAUAAAUCAAAAAUAAUCAGGAAAAAAUUAGAAACAUCUUUUCAUUUUUUUAUUAAAUAUUUUUUAUUAACACACAAUAUAAUUAUGAAUGAAGAAGAUAAUAAACAAACAGAUAUAACUGAUGAAAAUAUAACUUAUUUAUUAAAUAAUAUUAAAAAUAUAAAUUCUCAUACAAAUAAUAAUGACAGUCAAAACAAUCAUGAUUCAUUUUUAAAUACAGAAACAAAUUGUGAUAAUGAAUUAUUAAAUAAUAUCAAAUGUUUUCUUCAAAAAAUUAUAAUUAAUAGUAGUGAACAGAAGAAUCAUAUUAUCAUACAAACAAAUCGAUUCUUUUUAGAUUUAAUAGAAUAUGUAUUUUUUUCAUUUCCAAUGGAUAUAGAAAAAAUUCAAAAAAUAAAUUAUAAUACAAAAGUUGCACAUGAAAUGAUGCAUAUAUUUAAUAAUAACGACAUUCAGCAAAUAUUACUUCAUACUCAUGAAGAAUAUAAACAUUUCAUUUAUAAUAUUUAUAUUUUAAAUAUUUUUAAUAUGGACGAUAAGGUGUCCAACACAAAAAAUAAAAAAGAAAUUAAAGAGAAAGGUAAGAAGAUUAAAAAGAAAAAGCAUGUACCACAUGAAGAAAGAAAGGAAAAGAGGGAAGAUGAAAGUGAUGAUGAAUCGGUUAAGAAUGAUGAAUCUGUUAAGAAUGAUGAAUCUGUUAAGAAUGAUGAAUCUGUUAAGAAUGAUGAAUCUGUUAAGAAUGAUGAAUCUAUUAAUAAUAAUGAAUCUGUUAAGAAUGAUGAAUCUAUUAAGAAUGAUAAAUCUAUAAACAGUGAUAAAAUAACUUCUAUUAAAAAACCAAAAAAAAAUUUUAUUAAUACAUUUAAUUUAAUUCUGUUUAAUAAUCUAUUUUUCUAUAAAAAUAGUAGUGGUGUUAUUAGUUCAGUGGAUCCAGAUAAAGCAAACUCAAUUAUAAUUUACGAUUUUAUUUUUAAUUAUAACAAAAUUUUAGUUGAAUGUAAUAAUAAAAAUAUGGUAUAUUUUUGUUUAAAAUGUAACGAUAUAAUAAAAAGAAUUGUUACUUUAUUAGAUUACACAGCUGAAGAUGUAGAGCAUAUAUUAAAAUAUAUAGAUACACAAAUAGCUAUGAAAUAUAAGGACCAUGUUGAUAUGAAGAAUUUUUUUUAUAUAUGUAAUCUUCAUAUAAUAACAUUAAUAUAUAUAAUUUCUAAUAAUAAGAAAUUCUUAUCUCAAAUAAUUCUUAUGAAACAUAAAUUAAACAAUAUUUUAUAUUUUAUAAAUAUCUAUUUUCAUCUUAAUGAAUAUAUACAAAUAUAUUUGGAGAAUCUAGAUGAAUUUAAAAAUUCUCAAGAGCUUUUUCUAUUACUUCAUCUUAUGUAUAAGUUGUCACAACUUUUUACAUAUUUUUUUGUCAAGUUGAAAUUGUCUUCAACAGAUAAUAAAUAUUCAAAGAUACUAAUUUUUGUGACCAACUAUUGUAACCUUUUGAUGAAUAUCAUGGAUACACUGAAAAAGCAUAUAAUAAAAAGUAAUGAUAUGAAUGAAACGAAAGCAGCAUCUAAACACUACAUAACCCAUUUUUAUAUUUUAAAUAACUCCAACAUAUUGGAAAAGAAGAAAUUUUAUUUAUAUUUACUGGGUCAUCAAUUGUAUAACAUCCUUUAUGAAUUCUUCAAUAUAAAAAAAAACGAAAAAAUUGUAAAAUCACAAAAAACAGUUAUUGAAGUUAUGAAAAAGAGUGGAUAUGCAAUAAAAUUUUUAUGUUCUUAUUUGGACUGUGUCCUAUACCUUGGUAACAGGAUAAACAAACUAUUAUUGAGAAAUGUUUACUUUUUUAUGAAUUUUUUAAAAAAUAAUAAGAAUACCUUGAAAUUAGCUAAUGUCAUAUUUCCAAUAUUAAUUAAGAUAGUUGAUAUUUAUGAUGUACUUACAAAAAAAAGUACAUUAAAUGAAGAAGAAUUUGAGGAGAAACAAAUACUUAAAAAUAUUUUUCAAACAACCUUAUCUAUUAUUGAAGAGAGAUCUAUACAAUUUUGUUAUACAUCAUUAAGUGAAAAGAAAAAAGAAUUAUUUAAUCUUCUCUCAAAUUAG